AUGAACCUACAUAAUGGAGGAUACCUGACAUUUUGGUGGUUCGCUUUUAGAAAUUUUAACAAACGAAAUUCCCUUCCCAACAGAAUAGCUGCGCAGUAUGCAACAUUGUCAAAAAAACGUAACUUGAGGCUGAAAGAGGAGGCCGAUUUUCGUCACGCGUUCAACAAUAAGCGAAUUGCUGACGCUAUUUCGCACUAUCAGUCGUUACUUUCCUCACUCUCACAGAAAAGCAGUACUUGUAAACCAAUAUACGUAGAUCGUCGAACGAUCGGCCGACUUGUUACGCAAUUAAAACAUAGUAGACAAAAACCGCACUUUGACUUCUUGAAAAGAUUAGUAGAGAAAGAUAUGGUGGAAAAAUUGCAUUUGAAACCUUCUCAUUAUGAAUAUCAUGCUUUGAUGCACGCUUAUGGCGUACAGGAGAAGCCAAUCACUACGGCUUACGCAUUGAUUAAGCGAAUGAAAGAGCAAGGACUUAAACCCAAUGUUUAUACGUACAAUACAUUGCUCGGCUGUUGCAAACGCACCAAUAAUCUUGAAAAGGCGCAAGAGUAUUUUGGUGAAAUGGAAGAAGCUGGGAUACAGCCAGAUACUGUUACUUAUAAUACUAUGCUUCAUCUAUUGUCAAAAUUAGGGCACUUUGAUGACAUGUUCAACUUUUACUCUGCGAUGACAGUUAUGCCGGAUACAUAUACAUAUUCUAUCAUGUUAGAUGCAGCUGUCAAGUCUAAAAAUAAAUCCAUGGGUCUCGACAUAUACAAUAAUCUGUUGGACAAAACUCCAGCCGAUAAAAUCGAUUUAAAUACGUAUAAUAAUAUGGUACGGUUUGCAGCAGCUGAAGUUGGCGUAAAUGAAGCGUUAGACUUGUAUUAUCGAAUACAGCCCAAAAAUCAUGAAGCACAAUUAUACAGACAUAUUACACCGGACGUGUUUACGUUCAAUAUCAUCAUCGAUGCAUGCCUGAAGAAUAGACUGUUUUCCAGAGCUUAUAUGAUAUUCAGAGAUAUGAAAGAAAGGAAGGUUCACCCCGACGUAUAUACUUAUGGAAUGCUAAUUGACAUAGAGUCGAGGAAAGAAAGCAAUUUGAAAGCAGCGAUAGAAUUAUUCAAUGAGAUGUGCAGUAUAGGAAUUAAGCCGAAUGAAAGAGUAUUGAAUAGUUUAGCAAACUUGGCUUCCUCAGGCACUACUCAAUUGGCAGACCUAGAGAGUUUACUAAAGAUCACACAGCGGUAUUAUGGCCAAUACGAAUUGGAUUCUAAUGCUUACAAUGCAUUACUAUACGGUUUUGCACAGCACGGGAGAACAGAUACAGUCCAAGUACUCUAUAAUCAUAUUAAAAGGAAGAAUCUCUUUCAGCCUGAUAUCAUUACAUAUACCAACCUUACCUUGGCUUUUGUUAACAGUAACGAUAUAGAUACAGCUUUACAGAUUUAUUAUACCCUACGAAGGAAGCAUGAAGACUUUAUAAAUUCCCGGCAGACUACAUGCCACUUGACAAAAGCAAGCAAUAUUGCACCCAUGCCAUUACACUUGGAUACCAUUUUUUAUUCCACUAUACUUUCAGCAUUGUCAAAAAAAGUUCUUAAUAGCAAUAAGCCAGUUGUAGAGAAAAGUAAUACAAUGGAAGACCAAACGUCCUUCACUCUAAAUGGGUAUGACGACGAGUCUGGAUCCCCAUCGCGACUUUCUGCUGCAUUGGAUCUAUUUAAUGACAUGCGGCCUUUACGGAUACAACCUACUCUACACAUAUAUACCACCAUGGUACAUCUCUGUGGACAAUAUGGUGACCCGAACGCGCUUCAUCAGAUACAUCAACAUAUAAAACUAGAUCUAGCUUUAGAUCCUGAUAUUGGCAUAUAUAAUGCAUUAAUGGACGCUUACAAUAGGGUUGGAGACGGUGAUACAGUACUUGAUAUUUGGCAAGCACUCAUUCUACCGAUUGAUAGCUCCUCGUCAGCUCCCAUAUCGGUGGAUCAAACAACUGUCUCGAUUGUCCUGGAUAGCUGUGGGCAUAAUGGCAUGUUUCAACAAGCUCAAUUGAUUUGGCAAUUCUUGAAACAGAAACCUGCUUUGAUCAAGCUAAAUACGAACAACUAUAAUUCAUAUAUUGAAUGCCUUUGCCGAUCUAAAGGUGAUAGGGGCUGGAAAAUGGCCUACCAAUUAAUGAAAGAAGAAAUGAUACUACCAAUGUUUUACAACAAUGCAGCGGCAGCUUCGAGUGGCAAGCCGUUGGUGGAUGAGAAAACAAUCAACACACUAAUCAGUUUCGCAAAAAAGAAAGGGCUCGAAACCAGCGAAACCGAAAACCUGAAAAAAUUAAACAACAAAAUGUAUGAAAUGAAGGCCUUUUUGGUGACGAAAUCAUUAAGCUUCAAGCAAUGGUUAGAAAUACCACAAAUCAAAAAUCAAGUCAAAAGUCACCAUACGGAGACUUUUAUGCAUACAACAUUAAACUUUCAAAGAACUUUUCUGUCAGUUGCUUACAUGUUGGGGUCAGGGAAACCGGCACGCCGGCUGAAUGCGCCCCAUAUGAAAUCACUUUUGCUCACUUUUAAUAGACAAACAUACGGCAUCAUAAGUGCAAGGCUUUGCACAACCGUCAAACGCAUCUUACGAUUGCUUAAAUUGCGAAUAAUACUCCUGGCACAGAGAUAUCAGGAAAGAAAUCCUUCAAGUACUCCUUCUAUUAGCAGCAAUUUCGGCAGCAGUGCACGGCUUUGGUUUGUAUCUAGCUAUCACAUCUUCUUCAAUUCUUACAUUAAUUACUGAAUUCUUCCCUUUAAGAAAUCCUCACUACAUUACCUUCAUUAUUACUGGGAAAAUUCUGUAGUGUGUACCUUAUAAGGUUGUUCAUACAUGUGUAAAAAAGGAUGCCUAAUCACAUCCUAUUUAUUUUCAGAUACCUUACAUUACCGGCCCUCAUACUGCACAUUAAAGUAGAAUAUAGCAUAUUAAUGUAUGCAGAUUAGUGAUAACUGAACUAUGGCAUGUUAAAAAUAUUGUGCAUACGUGGUAUGUUCCAGAAAUUGCCGACAAAGGCUUGCUUUUCAGUUUCAGUAGUAGUUGGGUUGGGCAAUAAUUUGAUAAUUUAUAUAGGCUUUAUCAAUUCGUAAUAAAAGAUAACAUUGUGGUUAAAAUCGAAGAAACAAAUAAUCACUGUCAAG